AUGAAUCCAGUCAGAGUAUUUCCAUUGAAAUUCAAUGAAUAAUAAAAUACUCAAAGCACUUCAAGUUCACCAUAGUUAAAGAAAAAACAGACUCCAAAACUAAUUGAAAAACCAUUGCUUUUAAAUAUGUCUCCCAUAUUGUAAAAAUUCAAAAUUAAUUAAAGAAACGGGCAAUCACCAAUAAAGGGUAAAUUUAAUGUGAAACGAUUGACUGUAAAUCAAAAGCAGGAAGACAAAUUCUAAUUUGUAGCUAAUAAUACGAUUUUCAUAGACCCAAUAAUAAAGACCAUUAUAGUCGACAAGUUCAUCCCCAAAGAAGAGAGUAAUAAGUGGAGCAACAAAUGUUGAAGUAUUUAGAAUUUUUAGAUAGUCAUUAUCUCCAAUGAAAUUACCAAAUCUUAGAAGAUCAGACACCUAAUUAAAUAACAAUCUACAAAUUAAAGAUGAAACUGUAUCAGAGAUAUAAAGUUCAAAAAGAAAAGAUACAAAAACAGAUGGAACCCCUUCUGUAAAUCAUUAGUUAAGCAAUCUAGUAACUAAUAAGAGGAUCAAUAAUAAAAUUGAUCUCAGAUUCCACACCUAAUUCUAGACCCUCAGUAUCAAGGGCCAAAUUAGCAUCUUAAACAAUAGAUUAAGACAUAAAACCAAAAGUUUCUAAUUAAAUGGUGAUGUUAUAUGGUCGAUCAACCAGUUAAGCAGCAUUAGUAAAUACUUUUAUUGUAGAUAAUGAAAUGCAAGAUUAUGUCAAUUUAUUUUAUUCUAAGUAUUUUUAUAUAAUAAUAAGAUCCUAAGCUGGAUAAAAUGGAUAAAAAUAAACUAAAACUAAUUAAGACAGCAUAAUAGUUACUAAUAAUUUAGGUGGAAUUAAAAAUAGACACAUAUUUUCAGUUUGUGAUGGUCAUGGUGUAUAUGGACAUUAUGUGUCAUAAUUAGUUAAAAAAUUGUUACCAAAUAUAAUAGAUUAAUAAAUUAAAUCAAAUAUAGGAAUGUAAGAGAAAGAUAUAGGUGAAAAUCAUUACACUGACAUAAAUAAAGCAAUGACUUAAAGUUUUUUGAAAAUGCAAAAAGAUUUAUCUAAUAGUGGAAUUGAUAUAACAUUUAGUGGAACAACAUGUUCAUUGGUUUUAGUUUCAGGACCUCAUUUAUGGUGUGCUAAUAUAGGAGAUUCAAGAUCAGUAAACUUAGAUUUUAAUUAUUUUUUUAGAUUUUAAUAUAGUAAUAGAAUAAUUAAAAAUGGAAAACAAUUGAAUUAAGUAAUGAUCAUAAACCAGAUCUACCUAAUGAAUACAAGAGAAUAAUAUCAUCUAAAGGAAGAGUUGAACCUUUUAUUAGUGAAAAUGGAGAAUAGAUUGGUCCACCAAGAGUUUGGUUAUUACAUGAUUAAAUUCCAGGAUUGGCCAUGAGUAGAUCAUUUGGAGAUUAUGUUGCAUCAACUGUUGGAGUUAGUUGUGAACCUGAAAUAAUUCAUUAUAGAUUGAAUACAAAUUGUUCAUUCUUAGUUGUAGCAAGUGAUGGUGUAUGGGAAUUCUUUUCUAAUGAAGAAAUAUCAAAAAUUGUUAUCUAAUAUUGGCAACCUAAUAUGACAGCUAAAAGAAUAGAUGAGAUAUGCGAUCAUAUUGUAAAACUCUCUACUUAAAGAUGGCAUUAAGAAGAUGAAGUAGUAGAUGACAUAUCAAUUGUCAUUGCUUAUCUCUAAAAACCAUGA